AUGGCUAUAAAAGUGGUUGUCCUAGGUGGUACUGCAGGUACUGGUAAAACUAGUAUUGCAGAAGUAUUAUAUGAAAACUUGAAGCAUACUAAGGAUUAUUCAGGUGUUGAAUAUAUCGAAGGUGACCAUUUACAUCCAAAGAGCAAUGUUGAAAAAAUGGCUCAUGGUAUUCCAUUACAGGAUGAAGAUAGAUGGGGUUGGUUAGAACAAGUUUCCAAAACUUCAACAGAGGCUGCCAAGAAACAUAAAGGUUUAUGUGUUAUUACUUGUUCGAGUUUGAAAAAGAGUUAUAGAGAUUAUAUAAGAACUACUUGUCCUGAAACUCAUUUUUACUUUGUUAUACUUUAUGGUAGCAAAGAAGAGAUUUUAAAUCGAUUGGAAAACAGAAAAGGUCAUUUCAUGAAGGCAAAUAUGAUGGAUUCUCAAUUUGCUGAUUUGGAAUUGCCAAAGCCUGAUGAACCUGGUUGUCACAUUGAAUAUUUAGAUGGGAAAUCUUAUGAAGAAAUUAACAGAGAUACCUUAGAUACUGUUUGUGAUCUAUUGCAAAUUGAUUCAACUUAA